AUGGCCGGUGCCCUUGCGGACCAGAUUGACCCCACAUACCCCAUUGCGGCUGCUGGUGGCUCAUCUGUCCGUGCCAACACCAGCUCCAAGUCGACCGCGGAUGGCGCGCGCAAGCGCAACAUCAUCAUCGGCGUCUGUGUUGGUAUCGGUGGCGUGCUCUGGAUCAUCCUUGUUUACUGGAUCUACCGUCGGGUCAAGCGCGCCAACGAGCGGGCUGUCAACAAGCGUCUGUCGGAGCACAUGUCCAUGUUCUCUGGUCGCAGCAACGACAACCCCUUCGGCGACGACGGCCGCCGUCACUCGACGACGCCUUCGAUCGCAGCGUCCGAGAUUGACGACCGCCCGAGCUCGUUCUAUGCCUCGCCUCUCGACAACUACCCGGCGAUGCGCCGCCGCCAGGUCGACUCGAUCUACACCGACCAGGCUGGCGGAGGCGACCAGUCGCCGACCUCGUACGUCAACUCUGUCUUUGGCACGUCGUGGUUCCAGACGACGGGCUUUGGUGGACAGGGUGCAGCCUACGGGUCGCCUUCUCAGGGGGCCCAGCGUACGAGCCAGAACCCCUUCGACGACAUGUACGCUCGGUCUGGACCGUCAUCUCCCCGCAUGUCUCAGCGCCCUCAGCGUCGCUCUGUGCAGAAGACGAUGAUUUCUCAACCGACGCUACAGGGCAAUUCGCUCGAGUUCAACGAGUACCACUAG